CUGAGGAGCGGGGCGCUAACCGGAAAUGACGUCCUUGGCGCGUCCCACGACGAAAGGCGGCGCGCGAAACUUCAGAGGAAUUAAAACGGGACGAGAUUUGGAGUGUUUUUGUUUGCUAUUGAGGACUGAACAUGAGUAAAAAAGACUCAGGGGCUGCAGACCUCAUCCUGUCUUAUCUGAAUGAGAAAAACAGACCCUACAGCGCUCAGGAUGUGUUCGGUAACCUGCAGAAACAGCACGGACUCGGAAAAACGGCGGUGGUAAAGGCCAUGGAACAGCUGGCACAAGAUGGUCGGAUCAGAGAGAAGGUUUACGGCAAGCAGAAGAUCUACUUUGCAGACCAGUCUCAGUUCGCCGAUGUAAGCGAUGCGGACCUGAAGCAGAUGGACUGCCGCAUUUCAGAGCUCAACAGCCAGGUGGAGGCGGUGAUGCAGAGCUGCAGGCAUCUCGAUGCAGAGCUGAAGGAGCUGAACAGCUCACUGACCACAGCGGAGAUGACCACGCAGAUUAGGGAGCUGAAGGCCGAGUGCGAAGCCUACAGAACCCGACUGCAGAAAAUCAAAUCGGCCACCAAUCACGUCACGCCUGAGGAGAGAGAGAAGGUCUACAAGGAGAGAAGCCUGUACGUGAAAGAGUGGAAGAAACGCAAGAGACUGGCCACUGACAUGAUGGGAGCCAUUCUUGAGGGCUAUCCAAAGAGCAAGAAGGAUUUUCUGGAGGAGGUUGGAGUGGAAACAGACGAGGAACACAAAGUGAAGAUUCCUGACGCCUGAAAGCUGGAAAUCCCGAGACGCUAACGGAGUCACGGAGACGAGACGAGAGGAAGAAGCUACUGAUAUUAUUUAUGAUGUAUAU